AUGGAGUGGGCCUGGUUGCUGAUGCAACGCUCACCCAGUGGUCCUUCUAUCACAGUGCGGUUGAAGUUGAUCAUUCUGCGUGGCUUUGAUAUCGAAACUACGGCUUUUACGGCUACCAACCCGCCCAAAGUAUGGAGUAGCUCCACGCUGUUAAGAUUCGUCAGUCAGGUAUGGCAGAAUGGAACCAACUAA